GUAGAAAUCGAUUAACCUAGGUUUUUCUCCUCUCUCUUCACUGCCUCCAUAUCUCCUCCGUCUUAGUAGUUGCAGAGGAAAGGGGAUUUUCUUCAUUUUCAGCAAAAAAUGGUGAAAGGUCGUGAAGGUGAACGUGUCAGACUCUACGUUAGAGGAACCAUUCUUGGAUACAAGAGGUCAAAGUCGAACCAGUACCCAAACACAUCAUUGGUUCAGAUUGAAGGAGUGAACACCAAAGAGGAAGUACAAUGGUAUGCUGGUAAGAGGGUGGCUUACAUCUACAAGGCUAAGGUCAAGACUAAUGGUUCUCACUACCGAUGCAUUUGGGGAAAAGUUAUCAGGCCUCAUGGUAACAGUGGUGUUGUUCGUGCUAAAUUCACCUCCAACUUGCCACCUAAAUCCAUGGGAAUGAGAGUUAGAGUGUUCAUGUACCCAAGCAACAUCUAAGGCUAAGGAUUGCUUUUUGUGGUGGUGAAGUUAUAAGCAUUAUGAUAUGUAGAUCCUCUCUUUGGUACUUGGUUUCAGUUUUCUUAUUUAGAGCCCUCUCUUUUUUUGUAGUUGAUAAACAAAUUGGGAAUUACUGUAAGUUAAGGGCAAAUUUUGUACUGGUGCUUUCAGAUAAUCUUUAAUUGAUACAUUUUAUUGGUAGUGCAACAAAAGAUUGGUACUGCGAGCUGUUUUGCUUAGUUUCAGUGGAAGACUAGUUGAAUAUAUAUUAGUUUAAACCA